AUGGCUGGGCUUGGGAUCAAUGCCCUCCCGAUGAGAUCAGAGGCUGAACCUUGCUUUCAGGCCGUGACUUCUCGGCAGAGAGGCCCGCGCCCUGGAUCUGAAUCGAAAGCUAUUGGUGUGGCUGUCCUGCUGCCACUCGUCGGUAGAAAUAUGACGCGCAGCGGUAUUAGAUGCGCGGUGAAGCAAGUUCUGAAAAAGCCCACGUCAAUGAUCGUCGCUGCUGCAGAAAAUGCCGCCGGCGUCACUCGCGGAUCGUCACUCGCGGAUCGUCACUCGCGGAUCGUCACUGCUGCCGUGACGCCGUGGAUGGAAUAUUCCCUCAUGAAACUCGCUCACAUACUCAAAAAAAAAUCUGGAUAG